UACUCAAACUGAGUGGUCAGUCCAGCAGGAUGAUGCUGCUGCUUCCACUGUUUUUAUGGAUACUGUUGGUAUCCAAUACCCAGGUUUCUUCCCAAAGCUGUGACAGUCAUGUCCUUGACUUGGCACCACAGUUUAUCAUCCUAGUUCCAGCAAGACUGAGGCUUGGAACGAAAUUGAACAUCUUACUAGAGGCGCACAGCCUGUCCAAGCCAAUCACUGUCAAAGUCAUUGUCUAUACAUACCCGAGGAAAUACGUCCUGACACAGGACUCUGCCAUCCUCAAUUCAGAAAACAGCUACAGUGCUCUCAAAACCAUUGAGGUCGGUCUCUAUAAAAUCAAUCCAAACCUGUUGCUUUUGGAGACGAAGAAGAAUACAUUUGUUACACUGUUUGCUGAAUUUGGGAGUUUUCAUAAAGCUGAGAAAAUUAUCAUGCUGUCAUUCCACUCUCAUGCUGUCAUUCCACACUCAUAUAUCUUCAUUCAAACCGAUAAACCGGUUUACAACCCUGGAGACACAGUUCAUUACAGGGAUUUUGUAUCCAAUCCUGAAUUCCAAGCUUUCAACAGCACAAUAUCGCUUGAGAUUCAGAACCCAGAUGGUAUUGUGAUAUACGGCAGAGCCAAUGCCAGUGCAAGCAACGGGAUCCUAUCUGAAAGCUACACCCUUUAUACUGUGGUCAAAGAGGGAAGAUGGAAAGUUGUUGCGAAGUUUGAUAAUGUUAAAGAAAACACAUUCAGCGCCGUGUUUGAUGUAAAGAAAUACGUUCUCCCGCCAUUCAAUGUCACUUUAACCCCAAAGAAAUCCUACUUAAGCCUAGAUGAGGAAAAGUUGGAAGUAGAAGUCACAGCCAGGUAUCUUCAUGGCAAACCAGUGAAAGGUGUUGCAUUUGUGCUGUUUGGUAUUGAAAUAAAUGGUGUGAAAAUGAAAAUAACAUCUAUGAAGCAACUGAAAGAUCUAAAAGGAAAAACUGUUAGUUUGACUAUGGAGGAGAUAAAGAAGGCCUAUCCUGACACAAACAGCUUACUGGGGUCUUCUGUGUAUGUCAAAGCAUCAGUAAUGACCAGCUCAGGUAAAAACAGCUCUUCCUGGUGUGAAUGCAGAAAAGCAAACUUUAGAGGAGAUGCCUCUGGAGCCAUAUUUUGGUUUUGACGGCUACAGUAAGAACUACCUGCACAUCUCAGUGGGCUCCAACAAAGUGGCGGUGGGCAACAGUCUUAUCAUCAAAGUGUACAUUAAAACCACCUCACCAAAACACAGAAAACUUGUGAAGCAGCUGACGUAUGCUGUUUUGAACAAAGGGAAAAUAAUAACAGCUGCCAGG